AUGGAACGGGUCUGGAGCUAUGUGAGGGCUGGGGCCCUGAUACAGUAUAAAGGAAGCAUUGUGGGCGUCCUUAGGGACAUUCGUAAGCAUUUGGGAGGCCUCCAACCAAGGGACAUAGAUGAAUAUCUAUCGGAGCUUGAUCGGGAACAUGUCGCAAGUCCUCAUUUUGAUGGCGGAUGGUCAUCAAGUGAUGAGGACAGCAGUCCCGAUGAAAGUGAGGAUGAAUAUAUGCCCCCAAUGUCGGCUCGUCGCGCCAGCCAAGGUGAAGGUCGGUCGUCGGAGAGUGACGAGGGGUGGACGGAGGAUCCCACCCCUCCUAAUUUGCACCCCUUCACGGCAACCCCUGGGAUCACCGUACCAGUACCCCUGACUGUUUUGGGGUUCAUCCAUCUUUUCCUGAAGCGGGAAUUGCUGGAAUACCUGGUACUUCAACGCCUUCAACCGGAGGGCCAUACCCGGAAUAACAGUGAUCGCCUCAUUUUAGUGCGCACAGUGUUGGAUUAUAUCCGAGAGCCAGAAGGUGGACACAGAAGCUCCUCAAAUACAUCCUUCAGUUGGCCCUCCAAAAUGCCUACAUACUAUCUGCCCCUAGAGGAAAGGGCAGACAGGAGGGCCAACUUUGCUCGACCUGCUGCCGCCCCUGCUGCCGCCGCCCCUGCUGACAACGCCCCUGCUGACGACGCCCCUGCGGCCGCCGCCCCUGCUGACGACGCCCCUGCUGCCGCCGCCCCUGCUGACGACGCCCCUGCUGCCGCCAGUCCCUGCUGCCGAGCGCCGCCGCCCCUGCUGACGACGCCCCUCUUGCUGCCGGCCCCACCAUCACCGCUUCUCGUCGGGUAG